AUGGCCCGCACACCUGUCUACUUCAUUCCUCAUGGAGGCCCCACCUUCAUGUACGAGAAUCACCCUGGAGGAGAUAAAGGAGCCUUUGACUAUCUCAGACAUCUUGGACGAGAUCUGAUCCAGAAACACAAGGAGAAUCCCGACUCUGUCAAGGGCGUUAUUGUUAUGUCGGCCCACUGGGAAAGUGCGAACCAGCAGGACGAGAACCCCAAGGGUACCGGUAACAACGAGUUUCCCAAGGUCAAUGGUAAGGGUAUUCCCGUGGGAAUUGUGACUGACAAAAACGACAACUACCCCAACCUCGAAUACGAUUUCUUCAAUUUCCCAGCCCACAUGUAUGAGGAGAAGUUCUGGGCUAAGGGCAACCAUGCCUCUGCUGAGAAGAUCGCCAAACUUAUUGAUAACACCCCUGGCUACUAUGCCCAAUUGAGAAGUGACAAGAAGUGGGAUCAUGGCGUGUGGGUCGCUUCCAGAGUUAUGUUUGAAGAAGCUGGUGAGGAAAAAGGUGCCCUCAAGUUCCCCAUCAUCAAUAUUUCAGAACCUGCAGGUGACGACGUGGACCAUCUGAGUCCUCGACAGCUGUCUGAGAGAUUCUACAACCUCGGCAAGGCACUCGCACCUCUGAGAGAUGAGGGAUAUUGGAUAAUUGGAUCCGGUAUGUCAGUUCACAAUCUUCGAGAACGACGUAAGUUUGCUGAUGGUGGAGAGCCCGAGUAUUCCCAGCCUUUUGAAGAUGCUGUCAAGGACGUGGUAGAGAAUGUCACGAGUGUGCCUGUUUCUGAUGAGCAAAAUCUGGAAAACCUUUCAGAGCUUUGGAAGAACCCUCACCGACCAGCUGCCCAUCCCACCGCUGAACAUCUCUUUCCCUUCUACUUCUCAGCAGGAGCUGCUGACGGUGACAAGGGUGUUCAGGAGUACACAAAGAUCUCAGGCAGCACUGCAUGGGGUCUAUUCAAAUGGGGUGGUUCCACAGGAGAUUAUUAA